AUGAAGCACAGAGGUGAAACGGAGGGAAGAGACUUCGAACCAGAGAAAGAGAGAAAGAGAAAGAGGACUGUGGGUGGCCGACAGGAGACGCAAAGCGAGCAAGUGGGGGAUGAGAAGGUUGGAAGGGGGAAAACUCGGAUGGAAGGGGAAGUUAUGGUUGCGGACAGGGGCGAGGGAGGAACGAUAAUGAAAAUGCGCGACGGAGAUGUAGGCAAGAAGCGACAACAGUUGAAGAGAGAAAGGUAA